CCUGCUUCUGUUUCGGUUUUACCUUUCUUCGUUUCGUUGCUGCUACAACCGCUACUUGUAGAGCCUCAGCAAAGUCACAGAAUUCAGAAUCAGUAUCGAAGAAUUCAAUAGUUUUCUCCAGGAUUCUCUCUGUUAGGAACUCUUACUUUGCCAUUCAAUCCACACCUCAGUCAGAAAUUAACAAAUUUGUGACAGAUGUAUGCUUUUAAAUGUGUAUAUGGACAUUCAACUUGUAAUAAUGAGGAUAUUCCUUCAUGGGGCAGUAUGAUUUCAAGUUUUCAACUUAUGAUAUCUGCUAAAGAAAUUUGAGUACUUCAGAAGUUGCAGCACGAAGAGUUUGAAUAAAGAGACAUGUCUAAGACUGAGGUAAAUCCAACUAUCAGCAAGUCAACUGGAUUGCCUCGAAAGCGCUUCUAUCGAGCACGAGCACACAGCAAUCCGCUGAGUGACUCUCACUUCCCUGUGCCAAUUUCACCCAGCCAUGUUGACUAUUCCCUCCAUUACCCUCAGUUAUUGCCCUCGUCUGGUCAAGCUGAUACUUUCAAAAAGAUCCAGUUUGCUGAUGUUGGUUGUGGUUUUGGAGGGCUGCUCAUAAGUCUUUCCACUCUGUUCCCAGAAACAUUGAUGAUUGGAAUGGAACUUAGAGACAAAGUGACUGAGUACGUCAAGGAACGAAUUUUAUCUUUAAGGGUAGCAAAUCCAGGUCAAUACCAAAAUGUUUCUGUGGUACGAACUAACUCCAUGAAGUAUAUUCCCAAUUACUUUGAGAAAGGAACGCUCUCAAAGAUGUUUUUCUUGUUUCCUGAUCCUCAUUUUAAAGAGAAGAAUCAUCGCCGUAGGGUUAUCAGUCCAUUCUUGCUAGAUGAGUAUGCUUAUGUUCUCGAGGUUGGUGGAAUUAUAUACACAAUAACAGACGUAGAAGAGCUUGGGUACUGGAUGAAGUCUUGUCUGGAGAAUCACCGCAUGUUCGAAGCUUUGACUGAUAAAGAACUUGAAGCAGAUGCAGUUGUGAAGCUUUUAAGUUCUGCUACUGAAGAAGGCCAAAAGGUUGCUAGAAAUGGGGGACAAACUUUCCAGGCUAUAUUCAGACGCAUUGUACCAUCGGAUCAAGCAUCCUAGAUUUCUGCUGCCUAAUCUAGUGCGCUGCAAAUUAAAAUUAAAAAAUGCUUGUUGCAUGCUAAGCAUUGGAUUGAUCUGUUUACUUUACUGGUAUACGAUUGGCUUCAUUAGGAUCACAUGGCCUUUGCCAUCUUUUAUUUGCUAUGUGCUUAUUUUCAUGUUUAACUGAAAUUAUUCGAUUUUGAAAGCAAAACUAUAAUGGAGAGU